AGCUGCAGCCGGGGCUCAGUUGCCGCCGCCGCCACCGCCGCCGCCGCCGCCGCCACCGCCACCACCGCCGUGGGCAUGGAGCCCCCGAACGCCCAGGCCGGAACGCGCGGGGCCCCGCAGCUGCUGGUGCUGGCGCUCCUGCUGGGGGCGCACCCAGGUGCCCAGGCUGAAGUGCAGAUGUCUGUGCCCCCCUUGCGGGAGGUAAUGAGGGGGGAGACCGUCACCCUGGACUGCACCCCCUUGGGGGCCCAUGAUCAUUUUGUGCUGGAAUGGUUCCUGGCAGACCGCUCCGGGGCCCGCCACCUUCUGGCUUCAGCUGAACUGCAGGGCUCUGAGAUCCAGGCCAGGGUGCACAACUCCCGGGGCCGCAACCCCCCAUACCAGCUGGACUCCCGGGGCCGCCUGGUGCUGGCCGAGGCCCAGGUGGGCGACGAGCAGGACUAUGUGUGCGUGGUGAGAGCAGGGGCAGCGGGCACUGCUGAGGCCACAGCGAGGCUCCAGGUAUUUGCAAAACCAGAGGCCACCGAGGUCUCUCACAACCAAGGGAUGCUGUCUGUGAUGGAUGAAUAUGCCCAGGAGAUUGCCACCUGCAACAGCCGCAAUGGGAACCCAGCUCCUCAGAUUAUAUGGUACCGCAAUAGGCAGCCCCUGCAGGUGCCCAUGGAGGUGAACCCAGAGAGCUACAUGACCAGCCGCACAGUGCGGGAGGCCUCGGGCCUGCUGUCUCUCACCAGCACCCUCUACCUGCGGGUCCACAAGACCGACCAGGAUGCCUUCUUCCACUGCUCUGCACACUACCGCCUACCCAAUGGCCAGCAUGGCCGCCUGGACAGCCCGUCCUUCAACCUCACCCUGCACUAUCCCACAGAGCACGUGCAGUUCUGGGUGGACAGCCCAUCCACCACAGAGGGCUGGGUACGCGAGGGUGACUCUGUCCACCUGUUCUGCCGGGGGGACGGCAGCUCCAACUCAGAGUACGCAUUUUACCGCCUUCAGGACAAGCAGGAGAACAUGCUACAGACAAAUUAUGAUGGGCACUUCACCCUGGAGGGGGUGCAGCGGAGCCAGAGCGGGACCUACGGCUGCACAGUGGAAGACUAUGACGCUGCCGACGACGCAGAGCUCUCUCAGACCCUGGAGCUGCGCGUGGCCUACCUGGACCCCAUCGAGCUCAGCAACGAGGAGGAGCUUUCCUUACCCCUGGGCAGCAGCAUAGCCACCAAUUGCUCCGUGCAAGGCCUACCCACCCCUGCUCUACGCUGGACAAAGGACUCAGUUCCCCUGGGGGAUGGCCCCACGCUUUCGCUCAGCUUUGUUACCUUCGAUUCCGCUGGCACCUACAUAUGUGAAGCAUCUAUGCCCACGGUCCCACUCCUCAGUCGCACUCAGGCCCUCAAGCUGCUGGUUGAAGGGUCACCAGAGUUAAGGCCAGAGGAGAUUCAGCCCAAGGCAGAGGGCAGCUGGAGAGAAGGAGAUGAAGUCAGGCUGGUCUGUUCUGCUCGUGGCUACCCAGAGCCCAAACUCAGGUGGAACCAACUGGGCGGCAGUGCAGCAGAGCCAGCUCCCGGAGGGCAGGGCUGGGUGAGCAGCUCUCUGACCCUGAAGGUGACCAGUGCCCUGAGCCAAGAAGGUGUCUUCUGUGAGGCCUCCAACCCCCAUGGGACCACCAAGCAUGUCUUUCACUUCGGCACGGUGGCUCCCCAGACCUCCCAGGCUGGAGUGGCUGUCAUGGCCGUGGCCGUCAGCGUGGGUCUCCUGCUCCUCGUCGUUGCUGCCUUCUACUGCAUGAGACGCAAGGGGCGCCCUGGCCGACAGGGGGAGAAAGGGGCUCUGCCACCUGGGAAGCCAGAGCUGAGCCACUCUGGGUCCCAGCGGACCGAGCAGACAGGCCUUCUCACGGGAAGUGCCUCUGGAGGAGUCAGGCAUGGCAGUGGGGGCUUCCGAGAUGAGUGCUGAGCCCAAGGACCCAAGAGGCAGUCACUGGACACGACCUGGAGUUGCAAACAUCAGAGAACCAGCCCUGCUCAUCUGCUCAUGCCCCACCCGCCCCUGCCUUCCCCCGCCUUCCCUCUUCCCUCUCGGCCCUCCCUUCCUUCCUCUGCAUGCUGGGCAGGGACCUACAGCUGCUGCUGCUGGGAGGGAGGGAGGGAGGGUGGGCUGGUGGGUGGGAGGGGACCUUCCUCCAGGGAGUGUGACUCUCCCAGGCCCCAGAAUAGCUCCUGGACCCAAGCCCAGGGCCUGGCCUGGGAUGAGGCUCUGAGGGUCGGCUGGCCGGGGCUAUUUUUACCUCCUGCCUCCAUUGCUGGUCCCCCCCACCUGACGUCCUGCUGCAUAGUCUGACACUGGAUCCCCACCCCCACUCCUUCCUCCUCAUCUGUGGACACUGGAGUCUGGAAUAAAUGCUGUCUGUCACCUUGA